AUGACACUGCUGCUGUCCUGCCUCCUACUGCUUCUUAGUCCACAUGUGCUUGCUCAGCACCUUGGAGUCAUCAGAGUCAUUCCAGAGAAGGGAGGGGAUUACUGCUUCCUCUUCCCUUCUCACUGGGUGCAAUCACUGCAGGAUAAGAGUGGAAAAACCAAAUGGCUUCAGCCACAUCAGGACCUAACUUACUCAACCUUGUGUUGUCUUCCUUCCUCCUUUGGCGAGGAGGAUUGUGAUGGUGGGGGACUCAGCACUAGAAUCGCCUCAGUGAGGAAGGGUAACUGCAACUUCUUUGAGAACGGCAGACUCCAGAGAAUAAAUGGAACACAAGUGCUAUUAAUCCUUGGUGGAGAUGCCCCAAUAUCCCUCACAGGAGGCAGUGGAUUGGGCCACAACUGGGGUCACUGUGAGGAGAGCAUUACUCCUGUAAAUCUGCUCAGUGACAUGGACAUAAUCUAUUUAUUCUUCAAACACUUGGGCAGGCUCUUGAGAUACAAUACGGGGAUCAUGUUCAUCCUUGCUGUAGGCACAGUCACCACUGGAGGCUACUGGGCAGGAAACAUAGAGAAGAAAAGGCAGCAAUACAUGAAGUGCAGAUGCAAAAAUGAAGAAGAUUUUGAUGAUGUAACAAUUGACCCUGAUGUCCUCUUUAUCUGUGCAAGUGUAGUAAUGUCCUCCUUCAUGCUGCUUGCUCUCUACUACUUCUACGAUAACUUGGUGAAUAUAAUGAUAGGAUUUUUUAGCUUAUAUGCAUCCAUUGGGCUUUACAGUUGUUUGUCUCCCUCUGUGAACAAACUCCCAUUUGGAGAAUACAAACUCCAUUUACCAUAUUUUCACAAUGGUCCACAAGUUAGGACAUUGUUCCUGGCAGGAUUUUCUGUCUCCAUCACUAUCACAUGGAUGAUCUUCAGAAAUGAGGAUCAGUGGGCCUGGGUCCUGCAAGAUUUUUUAGGAAUCGUUAUCUGCCUUUAUGUUCUAAAAACAAUCCGCAUGCCUACCUUGAAGAACUGCAGUUUGUUUCUAGCCGCUCUUUUGGUCUAUGAUGUGUUUUUCGUAUUUAUCACUCCUUUUCUAACCAAGUCUGGGGAGAGCAUAAUGGAAGUGGCAGCUCUCGGACCAUCUGACACUGUCAGUCGUGAAAAGAUCCCUUUUUUGUUGAAGGUUCCAACAUUAUCCUCUGCAUCAACCUUUAAUGACAGCCCCUUUACUAUCCUUGGCCUUGGUGACAUUGUAAUUCCUGGUUUCCUGAUAGCCUACUGCCACAGAUUUGAUGUUCAGGUGCACUCCUCCAGAGUCUAUUUUGUAGCUUCUACCAUAGCUUAUAGCUCUGGCCUCCUGGUGACCUUUGUAGUGUCAGCAUUAAUGCAAACGGGUCAGCCAGCUCUCCUCUACUUGGUGCCCUUUACGCUUACCACUAGCCUGGUUGUUGCUCUUCUGCGCAAAGAACUCACAAUUUUUUGGACAGGCAGUGGUUUUACAGAGGACUUAUCUUGUCCUUCCUCAGAGAUCAGCUAUCCAGAUACCCCAAGAGAUUCAAAUACACAAGUGUGUCAACAAGAAAGGGAAGAAAAACGGAUCAAUUUCACAUUCAAUGAAGAACAGCUAGAUAACUCCAUUGUAGUGACAGAAGAAUUGACUGAUUUCAACAUAUACGUUGAACAGAACUCAGACUCCAUGCUAUGUAAAGAAGAACCAAUCAAUCAACAUGAUGGUGAGCAUAAGGGAGAGAUUCUCAAAGCAGAGAAGAAUGAGUCAGACUCUAUGAUAGAGGAAAAAGCUCCACAAACAUACCCAGAAAACCUCAACAUGUAA